AUGAGUACGACCUCUUUUGAGACUACAGAGCAGAGAGCUCUCGCCGCAGAACGAAAUGCGUCCCUCCCAAAGUCACGGAAAGGGGCUUUGGAAGCUACAAUCAAUGCUGUCGAGCUGUACAUGCGCGCUCUCCGUCUUGCCCCCACCAGCAACGAGAAGGCGCGGCUCGACUCCAAAUGCAAGGAGUUGCUGAGCAAGGCGGAGAAGCUGAAAGUUGAAGAUGUCAAAGCAGAGUGUGAUGACCGCAAUACUGCUUCCACCUUGCCACCAAGGGUUGGCUUGAAACAGCCAACCUCAAGACGGAAACUAACCACACGAGAGGAGAUCAUCCUAUUGGAGGGAUCAAAGUUGAAUGGCUUUGUAUUUCCACCAUGGAAGGGCGAUCCGACACCUGAUGAGUUCGUGCUGAAGGACGGCCAGAAUCUAUUUGUAGACUCAAGGCCACUUCAAUUGUCAUCCCUGCAGCUCAAGACAUUCGCAGGAUGGAAACGGCCUUGGGAGGCUUUUGCAGGACUUGACAUGUUGCAAGAUGGGAUAGAGUUGUCACCGCAGCCCACAAUGCAAUGUGUGAAGAAGGUCGAUCUUGUGCAAGACAUGACUUCUGACUGCUCUGUGGUUGCCAGUCUCUGUGCUGGAUCUGCACGAGCGGAACGGGGUCAUCCAAAGAUACUCUCUUCUAUAAUGUUUCCCUACGACCAUUCUCACUCCUUACCAGCUCUCUCACCUUCAUCCAAAUACAUCUUCCGCCUGUAUUUUAAUGGGUGCCACCGUAAGGUGGUGGUUGACGACCUUCUGCCUUCAUCAACAGACUCCAGGAUAUUUCAUGUUGUGGACAGAUCUAAUCCGAGCUAUCUUGCGCCAGCGCUGGUUGAAAAGGCCUACCUCAAAGUACGUGGUGGCUAUGAUUUUCCCGGGAGCAAUUCAGGAACGGACCUGGCAGUCCUGACGGGUUGGCUGCCAGAGCAGAUCUUCCUGCAUGAUGAGGAUGUUAUGCCGGAAGAUCUGUGGUCGAGGGUGUUCAAAGCUUUCGCUUAUGGAGAUGUGCUGGUCACGAUCGGUACUGGCAAGCUCAGCAAGCGUGAACAGAGGCACCUCGGACUUGCAUCAGAGCAUGACUAUGCUAUCCUAGACAUGAAAGAGACUGAUGGGAUGCGAGAGAUGCUCAUCAAGAACCCUUGGUCGGACGGUGAUGUGUGGAAAGGAGUUUCGAGGUCCAGUGCCCGUACUGAUGAGGAGAAAGGUCAGCCUCUUCUUGGGUCCAAGGAGCAGCUAUCAGCCAACACUAAGCAGGAGACAAUGGCGCCUGGCACAUUCUGGAUGGACUUAGGGACCGUCUUUCAACAUUUCGAGAACCUCUAUCUCAAUUGGAAUCCUGCUUUGUUCUCUCAUAGGCAAGACUAUCAUUUCUCUUGGGAUCUUUCUACAGCCCCAUCGAUGCUUGGCACCUUUCAAAGCAAUCCUCAAUUUUCCGUAACUUGCUCCCAAAGCGGUUCUCUCUGGUUACUACUUAAUAGACAUUUUCGAACGAGUGAUUACCAGGGCAAUAACAAGGCACCACACGGCUUCAUCAGCCUCUAUCUUUUCGACAAGAAAGGACAUAGAGUGUUGCUCUCGGAUGGCUCUAUGAUUCGAGGUCCGUAUGUGGAUUCGCCGAAUGUACUCAUCAGGCUUGAAGCUCAAGCCCGUACGGACUACACCGUGGUCGCUGCUGCGCAAGACUUACCUUCUACGAAACUCAACUUUACACUAUCGGCCUUAUCUCGCUGCUCUAUUGAGCUUUCUCUGGCCAAGAAACGCUAUCUCAGCGCGGUUUCGCUAGGUGCCGCCUGGUCUCGUUCCACGGCGGGAGGCAAUUCCGAAUCCACAGCUUAUUUGACAAACCCACAGUUUUCUCUAGAAAUGCCUUCGAGAGCGGAGAUUGCAAUCCUGCUACAGGCCACAGAACCAGCAGCUGAAACCAAGGUUGCUGUGCACAUCAAAGUAUUCUUUACAAUGGGGUCAAGAGUAGCAACUCUUAGGUCGAGGGACAUCGUUGCACAAUCAGGAGACUAUCGCCGAGGAAGCGCUGCCAUUGAAACAAUCUUGGACGCUGGAACCUACACCAUAAUUUGCUCCACCUUCGACGCUGGUCAAAUGGGUAAAUUCUCGCUGUCUGUUCAAUCGUCCUCUGAUAGUGCUCCGAACCUUCGGGCUCUUCCUGCGGAGGGCAGUGGCCGGCUAACAUCAGUUUCCCAGCCAGCUGUUUUCGCAGCAGGCACGAAUCGUCUUCUUGCGCCGGUCUGGGCCAGUCGUUUGGCCAGAGCAAGUGUAGUUGUCCAGCCAAUGAACAAUCCAGUUGCUGGCACCCAGAGUCCUCGUACAUACUCACCCCUGAAGCUCACGCUCGAGCAGGGCCAAGGCCCAUACAAGGUCUGUCUUGCUACAUCUUCUGCCUCUAAUGAGAAUGAGUUUGAUGACCCUGCCACUGGUGUACGGAUUGAUGAUUUUCAAAUCCAACCUGAGAUGCAGGGUCUUGCUACAGGUGGACUAUGGUUGGUUCUGGAACGGAUGGCUGCAAGUAGCGCAGCGAUGCAGCUGGAAGAGCGAUUCCAGAUUUUGGUGCUGGGGGAAGAGAGGGUGAGCACUGGGGCUUGGGGAGUGGGGGAUGGUCUGGUGGCUUGGUAUGCCCAGAGCAGCAUUGGCACAGGCAGCGGCAGCUUCCUCCCCGCACUGCUUGGCAUCGUCGACCAAGUGCAACUGGAAGUUAAGAUGAGCUCUCAAAUUCCUGCGGCCGUCAGGGCUGCAGAUCUUGCAAGGUUCGCCACACGAGCUUCGCAGCUGGAAAAGGUGAAGCCUCUGAUAUCAUACUAUUGUAAUUACUGGAUUGUUAAUCAGAUACUGGCGAAGAAACUGGAAAAAACGGAUCAAGAUUGCUUCGUCUACACGACUCAUUUGAUAGACAAGCUUGAACAGUUCAAAGCCGACAACCAGGAACAUGAUGCCGCCGUGGACGACUUAGCCAGAAGAGCCUAUGUGGAAGAGUUCGCAUUGGAGACGUUCCAGAGAGCUGACAAUGCCCUGAGAGCGAACAAAGCGUCCAGACAAACCGCGGACACAUUCCAGGCGGCAGCGACAUUUCUAGAACUAUUACAGAUAUGGGGAGAAAUUGAUGCUGAAAAUGCGGCAAAGAUUAAAUACGCCAAGUACCAUGCUCUGCGGAUAGCAAAAGCGUUGAAAGCAGGCGAGGAUCCAAAUGCCUCCAAUCCAGCUGCAGAUUACAGAACGAGUGGUGAUGAAGCUUUGCCUGCUCUGGAUCCUAACGACCCCGAAGUCCAAAUGCUGAAUGGGUCAUCCACCAAGCCAAGGCAGCCAUCAGUGGUGGACGUGCCUGACGAGGCAUACAAGAUACAAAGUGAUCUUGCUCGUCAAUCAUCACUCAAUGAAUCUCUACAUCCGUCAAGGGAUCCUUCAGUCCCACGGCCGAGCGUCAUAGUGCCCAAGCCAAAAGUGGAAGAUGCCCCAGAUGACACAGACCGGAUUCAGAGCAACCUUGCCCGACAAUCUUCCCUGGACCAGUCUCUGCAUCCUUCAAGAGCACCUUCUCUACCCCGUCCCACCCAGGACGAAGUCUCCCCCGUCGAAGCAUCAGCAUCAGCAGAAGACUUCUACCACCAAACCUCUCCUUACGAUGAUGUCUCGCCCCUGGGGUCCGAGGCAGAGCGGAAAUCUUCCAUCGGCGUGAUCGUGGGAGCUUGUGCACGAGGGUGGGAUUUGAGAAUAUGGUCUUCUUCUUCUUCUUCUUCGACCAUUUGGAGCGGGGAUGGCUAG